AUGGCACGCAAGAUUUACAACAUCAACACAUCCUUGGAUGAUCUCAACAAAAGAGCAGCUAGCGUGGGACUCUUCAGAUCAAAUGGAGGUGCCGCAGCAAGUCAAGGUAGGCGGGACAGGGAAACAACCUCAUUCCCAGAGAAAAUUGAAUUCACCCAGAAAGAUGCAAAAAUUGUUGGAAGGGAUCAGGUUGUGUUAGGUAUAAUUGCAACCUUGACCACCUCCCACAAUCAAGAAAAUAUUCCUUCGGUGAUGGCUAUUGUAGGAUUGGGAGGCCUAGGUAAAACAACUUUGGCUCGCUCAGUUACCAAGCAACUGCAAGAAGGUGAAAUGAAAAAGUACUUUGAUACAACACUCUGGGUGUACGUAUCAAAUACUUUUGAUGUCAAUUCAAUUUUACAUCGAAUGGUGCAAUCAUGUGGCGUGACGGGAAUAGACUCUUCAAAUCAGCAAGCAUUGAUGGAAAGCCUCCAGCAGAAGUUGGAACAGAAAAGGUACUUUCUUGUACUUGAUGACGUUUGGAAUGAGGAUGCUGAUAAUUGGAAUAAGUUGAUGAGUUGUUUGUCGCAAUUAAAUUUUGCCAAGGGUAGCUCUGUGAUUGUCACCACUCGUAGAUCCAAUGUUGCAUCAAUCAUGAAAGCAUUUCGUAGGUGGAAUUUAGAAACUUUAUCGGAUGAUGAAUGUUGGUCCAUAUUAAAGGAUAGAGCAUUUGCAAAUCCUAAUGCUCCGAUACCUUCAGAACUAGAGGGAAUUGGAAGGGAGCUUGCCAAAAAGUGUGCUGGUCUUCCAUUAGCAGCAAAGGUUUUGGGAAGCUUGAUGCGUACUAACAAUGAUUGGUUGUCAAUUCUAGAAAGUAAAAUAUGGCAUUCAUUAUCCGUUGAAGAAGAUAGCAGGAUCAUGUCGGUUCUGAGGUUGAGUUUUGACUAUUUGAAAUCACCGUUGAAACAAUGUUUUGCAUAUUGCUCCGUGCUCGAGAGAGGUUCCUUCAUUGAAAGAGAUAACUUGAUCCUACUAUGGAUGGCUCAAGGUUUGCUCCAAAGCAAGCAAGGGAUUGAAAUGGAGGAUAUAGGCAACAAGUAUUUUGAUACUCUACUGGAGGACUCCUUGUUUCAAGAUGCUACAAAGGAUGAUGAGGAUGGCGUUAUCACCGGAUGCAAAAUGCAUGAUCUUGUGCAUGAUCUUGCAAACGAAGUAUCCAAGUGUGAGAUGGAUGAUCAUGAGAUUCGACAUCUUGCACGGAUUACUUCUUCAGAUCUAGAAAGUGUGCCAGAAGCAAGUAUUUCAAGACUGCGCUCACUCUUUUCAAGUGUCCAGGUUCUUAAUAUCAUUUUACCAAAGUUAAGAGCUUUACGUGUCUUAAGUUUCUGUGAGGUAAAGAACCAGGAUUCUUCAAAUUCACUCGACAAAUUGAAGCACUUGAGGAGAUUCAAAAUUUGA